AUGCACAAGGCAACAGUUCCCUGGUCAACAUCGUGCAACCACCUAUUGGAAUUGUCGCAUUCGACGCACUGGAGUGGCGUGCAAUGCCCGACUCUCCACCACAAAGCUGCCGAACGGCAACUACAAGAAAGCAGCAUUGCGAUUUACUCGGCCACAUCGCGGGGUCGCAUGCAGCUCAUCUAUGGCGGGCAGCCCUUCAUUUUUGAGAAGACACUGAAGCUAUCGACGGGGGAGGAGAAGCGCUACUGGCGCUGCAAUCAGUGGUGGAAUCAGAAGUGUCGCUCGCGUGUCUUCACCAUCAACGACAUUGUCUGUCCACUGAAUCGCUUCCACACGCACGAGGAGAUCGUGCGACGCAAGAAGCGAGUACGUCGCGUCCCGCCGCCGGAAGCCACCAUCAGCAUUGUAACGACUGCCAAAAUUGUGGAGCAGGCAACGGCGCAACACAAUCAACAGCAGCAGGACCAACACCAACAACAAUUGCCCAGCGAUGCAAUACUUACCACCACGUUGGCGGAUGAGUCUGCCGCCACCAUCGAUGUCAACGAGCUGGGCAUGCAUUUAAAGUACGAGGAGAUUGUGGCCGAUGUGACCGGCAUGGUGGGAGCCACAGCGACCCACUCGACCCAUGCACAGCCUCGAAUACUUGGUCGCAAGAAGUGAAGGUCCUGGUGGAUGGGUAUAUACGUAGUUUUUAACUUUCUUAAUGUCUAACAAAUAAUAAUACAUUCAGCUUACAUAGUAUACACAACAUAUAAACACAACUAUUCAAGUACGCAACUUAAAUAAACCUAAUUUAGGCUU